CGGCGCAGGCAGUACAAGUGGUUCGAGAGACAGGGCCAUCUUUGGUCUAUUUCGCCGGACACAGUUCAAGCUCUAGCGAUUUAAACCGAAUCACGAUUAUUAUUUACCCCCCCACGAGCGAGUUUUUUUUUUCUUUACGCAAUUACGUGAGAAAAAUUAAAGAAGCGACAAAAAGCCAUGGAUGAAGAAUAUGAUGUUAUUGUUUUGGGCACCGGCUUAACAGAGUGUAUUCUGUCGGGGAUCAUGUCUGUGAAUGGGAAGAAGGUGCUGCACAUGGAUAGGAACCCAUACUACGGUGGAGAGAGCUCAUCCAUCACCCCUCUGGAAGAGCUGUACAAACGGUUUGAUCUCCCAGACAGCCCCCCUGAGUCAAUGGGAAGGGGACGCGACUGGAAUGUGGAUCUCAUCCCCAAAUUCCUCAUGGCCAAUGGGCAGCUAGUGAAGAUGCUGCUGUAUACAGAGGUGACCAGGUAUCUGGAUUUCAAAGUGGUGGAGGGAAGUUUUGUUUACAAGGGAGGGAAGAUUUACAAAGUGCCGUCAACAGAGACUGAGGCUCUUGCCUCGAAUCUGAUGGGCAUGUUUGAGAAAAGGAGAUUCCGGAAGUUUCUGGUGUUUGUCGCCAAUUUCGACGAGAAUGACCCCAAGACCUUCGAGGGGGUAGACCCCAAACUGACUAACAUGAGGGAUGUCUACAAGAAGUUUGACCUGGGCCAGGAUGUGAUUGACUUCACUGGUCAUGCUUUAGCCCUGUACAGGACAGACGAUUAUCUGGACCAGCCUUGCCUAGAGACAAUUAACCGCAUAAAACUGUACAGCGAGUCUCUGGCUCGGUAUGGCAAAAGCCCAUACCUGUAUCCUCUCUAUGGGCUGGGAGAGCUACCUCAGGGAUUUGCAAGGUUAAGUGCGAUUUAUGGAGGUACAUACAUGUUGAACAAACCAGUGGAUGAAAUCGUGAUGGAGAACGACCGUGUCGUCGGAGUUAAAUCGGAGGGAGAGGUGGCGCGCUGCAAACAGCUCAUCUGCGACCCAAGCUACAUACAGGACCGUGUCAGGAAGGCAGGCCAGGUGAUCCGGGUCAUCUGCAUCCUGAGCCACCCUAUCAAAAACACCAAUGAUGCCAACUCCUGCCAGAUCAUCAUCCCACAGAACCAGGUUAACCGCAAGUCAGAUAUCUAUGUGUGUAUGAUCUCCUAUGCCCACAAUGUGGCAGCCCAGGGGAAGUACAUCGCCAUCGCCAGUACCACUGUAGAAACCAGCGACCCAGAGGCAGAGAUUGAACCUGCGCUGGAACUCCUUGAGCCUAUAGACCAAAAGUUCGUGGCCAUCAGUGACCUUUAUGAACCUACAGAUGAUGGCACCGAGAGCCAGAUAUUUGCCUCCCGCUCCUAUGAUGCUACCACUCACUUCGAGACCACCUGUAAUGACAUCAAAGACAUCUACAAGCGCAUGACGGGCAGCGAUUUCGACUUCGAGAAUAUGAAGCGCAAACAAAACGAUGUGUUUGGAGAGGACGAGCAGUGAGAAGGGUCUGAGAGGCAGGCAGGGAGAAGAUGGGGAAAGGCUAGAAGGAGCCAGAGGGGUGUGGAGGAAGGGGUUAGGUUGGUUUGGGUGUGGCAAAAAUCUCAAACAUCUCCCUACUCCAUCCUCCCUCCCCUCGAGAGAGAGACACGCACACACACUCUUCUUUCUCUGAGACUUGAGCUCCCAAAAGGCAGGGUUCCAAACACGUCUUCAUUCUGCUAUUUUUCCUUUUUUUCCUCCUCAAGUCCUUUUGCAGAUACUGUACCUAUCCGGUUGCCUUUGAUGAUUACAGAAAGCUUAUUUGUUUUUAAAAAACAAUGCAUUUUAUGAUGAAAAAAGCCAUUUAGCCUACCAGAGCACACAUUUUUCUUAUGUAAAUCUAACACUUAUGAGAUGGAAGGAAGGAGAUUUUGGUAAAUUAUUUGAUAUUGAUACCAUAUGAGCACGAAAAGCACCAUGGUGCUUUAUAAUCUGAUUGUGAGUUUGGGUCAAAAACAAAUUAUUGUGCUUUACUCCUUACUACCUGAUAUAUUUUGACAUGCACAUUUAUAUGGGUCUAGUCUUACAUUCAACAAGCAAAUCAGCUGUACAGUUAAACCAAGAUGUACCAGUGCUUUACAUCACACGGGGCAAUGCUGAAAUUAGGAAGGGUAAUUGUUCGUCAUUCUUGCAAUGGAAAAAAAAAUCCCUUUGUGUUGGACUGUCUUUUAUUGUCACUAUUGUCUCCUCUGCACAGUGCACUGACAGUGUGUCAGUGACUCCCAACAGCACUGAUGGCAGCCCUGCUUCCUCUCUCUCUUCUCCCUGUACCUUGUGUGUAUGAAUGACUGCAUUCAGCUCAUUUACAGAAAUCUGGGCCAGACGUCAAGAUUUUAAAAUGAACAACGUCUGUAGUACACUACAUACCAGAGCACACCUAGCACAUAGCUGCUUCAGUAUCCUGAUACUAGUUGCUAAUUCUUACUGUUCUACACAACUCUUUCUGAUGUGGUUUUUUUCUGAUGAUUGUCAUCAUUUAGAGUAUUUUGGUUAUUUUUAAUCUUAGUUUGAUGCUGUUACCUGAAGGGUGAUGGACUUGAAUAACGGAAGAGUAUUUUUUUUUAUCAUUGGAGUUAAAAUGUAUUUAUUAUGUGAUGGUGUAAAGAAGUUGUAGGUGGAAUUUGAAAGGACUGGAGAGAAGGGAUAGAACAGGCUGGGGGCUAAGAAUGAGGCAGGUAGAUGGAGGUUAGCAGGACACUUGUGGAAUUGGAGAAUCAAGCAGUGUGGUUUGAUGGUCAGAGAUGAGGGGUAAGUGAGGCCCUAGAGCUUAGUUAGGACGUUGGGCUGUGGGGCUCUGAGGGAUGCAUUGCGUGACAUUGACAUUGACAUUGAAAAAUGGGAACCGAGAGAGUGGUGAAGGUUUCAGAGGGCCAGUGCCUUCAGCAGGGGUACAGGGUGGAAGAAAAGCUGUGCAAGUCACCAAUUCAGACUGAAGAACCUGGGAGAAACCAGGUAAAGGAACCUAAAGAACUGUGAGAGAGAUGUAAAGUUCUACUCAAGAUGAUUUUGCUCGACGAAGAAUGUGUACGAUUUUUGUUUACGUUGAAUAUAGAAACACUAAAAGACAUAUCAGAACAUUUUGUUAAAGUCUGUUGUGGACAUGUAACCUUUAAAGUAGCUGUGCUUUUAAAACGUUUGAUGAUUCUAAGGAUCAGUAGUUUGUGACAGAGAGGUGAAUGCAGUGUGACAUGCAUUUUAUGGAGUACCUUUUCAUCACCAUAGCUUUAAAACGAUCAGUUGGCAGACAAAAGGUUUAAGGUGAAUUCUAGGUGGCUAUACUUGGUAAGCUUAUUAUUUGUAGUAAUGCAAAGUUUUUGAGCACCUGGGCUAGAUUUAGGACUAAUUCUCAUCCCCUGCCCCCCCCCCCAAUAUACCUGCAAAACUGAACAAUAAUUGUAGAGACGGCAUCUUUUAGAGGCUUCAGGGGUAAACAGAUAUUGGUUUACUUAGGGGAAAAACGUGGUGUUGGCUGUGCUGGCAAAUGGAAAGUUUUGACAGAAGCUAUUACUAUUGUCUAGUUUGUAUAAUAUCUGUAGGAGCAGCAAGGUUUAUUUAUUGAGAAACAAUCUCUUCUGUAGAGAGCAGUACUGACUGAGAUUCAGCCAGAGGCUGAUAUCAACACUUCCUUAGUUCAGAUCAUAGUUUUAGGAAAUCAGAAGGCACUUUUUCCUAAACCUCUGCUUUUCAUGAAGGCCUGCUGGCUUGAUGAGUAUAAAGAAAAGUAUGUGAAUUCCACAGAGUUUGCUGGAUUUAAGCAUAAUUUUGAUUUAAAGAAUAUACCUGUGCUGUAUCGCCAAUUAAUAGAGCAGGUGAGCAUUCAGCUUGUCAUCAAUUUCAAGAGCUGCUUUGUGCUGAAGUAAGGUGGUUUUAGAACUAACACUAAAACAAGGUUCCCUUUACCUGUUGGAGAGGAUUUGUAGCAGUUCCGGUUCAUAUCUGCUUAAUCUCAAAAUCCUAAUGUUUUUUUAGCCAACUGUUUGCUUUGAUUAACCAUUUUCCUCUUGGCAUUAAUGAGAAUUAGAGCUGAAUUAUCUCUGGUUGCUUAUUUUCAGUUUUGGAAAUGUAACUAUCUCACACUGAUGGCAGCAUAAGUAAAAUGAAACCCUGUUAUGUGCAGACAAAUGGCAUUUUGUACACAUUUGUCUGAACUGGAGGUUUCGGUGUUGAAGCUGCUUUGAAUAUCUGUUAUGACAUCCUCUCUUUUGUGGGUUACCCGUGGCCAGUAACACUUGUCAGUGCAUUCCAGUUCAAGACUAGUAAUUGUAAACAGUUUUUUUUCUACCCUGUUAAAGACUAAGGAGCUUCAAUAUCCAAUUGCUGCACUUUCUCUUAUAAAGGCAUUUUCAAGCUUCAGAGGCCUUCUUCAGCCGAUUUGUGUCUCUCGAUCACCCAAACACAGCCCACAGUAACACCCACCCUCCUCCUCGCUCCCUUGGCACUCUUUCAGGAUACUUUCCUAUUGUAUUGUCUAAAAGUGUACUUUUUUUUGGUCUGCUGCUUUUAAGUAAUUGUUCACGAAGGAAUGGAAAGAAAAAAAAACUGAAUAGGCUACGCUUUAUUGAACCAGCAUUGACUGUUUUUGCUGCAAAAUGUGGGGGAGAAAAACAUCACUUUUUGUUCAUUGAUUUAAGGCCAUGACCAUGUGUGCACAUGGAUUAUUAAACAUAACUGUGAUAUGUUUUUUGUGACUUUUAGGAAGUUAGAAGUCUAUGGAACAAUUGUGCUGCGAGGAUAAGCUGAAUAUGCUUUGAACACUAAAAUUGUCAUGUUAUUGUCUCAGCCCAUAAUACAAAAUUGGUGUAAAGGACUUUUUUCUGUAAGAGCCUCUCAAUUUGUGUGAUUGCAAGAUGGGUUACAAAACUAGAGGAGACCAUUUGGACCAGCUAGCUUGUUUGGUUUCGGGACAAACUGUCCUGCACACUUUACAUUCCAUAAGACAUAAUGAUAUGACUGCUUCUUAGUCCACAAGUAUGUGUAGGUCAGUGGAGUAACCCCUAAUGCAAAGUGGCAGAACUGUACUGUAAAUUUUAAUGUUUUUAGUGAUUUACUAUAUAUGCGCAACUGAACUUUAAUCAUGUUCUUGAAAUAAGCGUAGCUUUUUUUGGCUUAUUUUUCUUCUGGCUUUGUUUCCCUUGCUUUAUUUAUUUAAAGGUUAUUUUGUAUUUUAUUUAAUUUUAUUUGGUUCUCAUUUGAAGGAUAAUGAAGAAAAGAUCUCUUUGAACUGUCUUAACUUAUUUGGACUUACAAGUAGCUUGCUUGUGGUCAUUAUUUGAACACUAGUAUGUGAAAAGUACCUAAUGUCUUGUGGAACAAUAAAAUAAAAAUAAAGACACGACAAAUUGUGGAAUCGAUAA